CUGAUCCCACCUAUAAGAAUAGACCAAAGCUCCGGAAGCGUACCCGGUGGAUCAUCGUAGAUCAACGUCCCAAGCAUAAAACUGAUCGCAGAGCCCUGAGUGGCCAAUUUUGUGGGUCAGCGAUGGUCCAGAUCUUAUCGAUAUUCGAUCUUGCGUUGCUGGACCUGACGUCAACCAUUCGAUCGGAGAUGGCAGAAAGUAUAAAGAGGUUUCAUCCCACGCUCUAUCCUGUCGGAAAUCAAUCAAAACUCGAGAGAUACCGUUCCUCAGCCUCAUUAUUGCACCGUCUUCGAACCCUCUAGCCUCCAAUGGGUCUUGCUAGAGGCUUCCUUGCAUCUGUCCUUGGUGCACCCGAUGUGUUAGGCCAACUGGCCGUCGUGAAGUUGAAGCAAGAGGCAUCAUCCCACCAACCGAAUCUCCGUCGCUGCCUGGGUCACCAUGGCCUUCUUAUCAAGUGCCUUUUCGCAACGCAAGAACAUACAGCACCAUCACCUCUAAAGGCGUCCGGCGGUCCCCAUGUCACUUUUUCCGAACCUCAGCGCCCGACUACGACUCCGAACAAGCGGGCGCAGAUAUCGGGUGCUUUCAGGUCGAUAGGUCGUCGACGUGCGGCUUCUCAAUCAGCUCAUCUAGAGAACGUCACCGAGAAUAAUACCCUGUCGCGCGUGCAGGCCCGAAGUGCGAAUGAGACGAGCAACACUGGUGCUCGAAACCAGACUUCUUCUUCUCGGACAUUUCGAGGGCUUAACCCUUUCAUGAAGCUCAAGCAACUGAUGUCUGAUAAGGCUAUCACUUGAUCAGUAUUCAUUUGAGACCAUGGUGGAUUGCUUCGCGGUUUAUGAUGUGACGACGUUACAUGCAUAGCGAUUGGAUUUUCUGUACAAAGAUGGCAUUAGCGAAGAGUGUAUAUAGAAGACAGAUAAGUCUAUCUGACGACAAUACUCGAUCAGACCGUUCAUCUUCG